GCAGUAAAAGCUUUGCACAAUGCCAGUAAGAUGUUGAAUGAGUAAGACCGACCAAAUUAAAAAACUCAUGAACAAAAUUAGGAGUUUCAAAUGUACACACACACAUACACAAAAAUAUAUAUAUAUAUAUAUUAAACCUGCAGAGUCUUAUGCUCUCUUUUGAGAAUCUUUGUUUCAAGAGAGUAAUCUCUCUCUCUCUCUCUCUCCCUUAAAAUCUCCUAAUAGUUUAUUAGAAACAAGUAGCAGAGUGACAAGUCACAUUUACAUGCAUCUUAGCAUUAUAAAUAUGUCUUAUCUUUUUAGCACUGAAUAACUUGCGUUGUGGAUAAAAAGCCCUUUUGUAUAGUAACUUUUUCCAUCUAAAUGAAUAUAGGUUUCCUGGCAUGCAAGACCAAAUUAAAAUGGCCUGUCCAGUUUGUUGUAAAACUUGCAGCUGUAAAGCAUGCUUGAAAAAUCAAUCUAAAGAAGAUGAACACAAGGAUCAUUUUAGGAAUGAUGAAAAGAAGGUUGACAAAGUUCAACAAUUGCAUUACCUAAUAUAUAUGCUUUUGCCUGUGCUUGAACGAAUAAAUCGAGAUCAGAGCAUUGAGCUGGAGUUAGAAGCAAAAAUAAAAGGGAAAAAAAUAUCUGAAGUCCAGGUUCAGCAGGCUGAAUUUAGUUGCACAAAGCUACACUUCUGCAAUAACUGCCAAACAUCAGUGGUGGAUUUCCAUAGAAGCUGUGGCCAUUGUUCAUAUAACCUUUGCUUAAGUUGUUUGGAGCUUUUUCGGGGGUCCUUACACAGAGGUCUGAAAGCAUUUAACUCUAAAUGCCGUAAUAAAAGUAAAGCUUGUAUUUCUGAUGACAAGGUACCAUCAAAGAUGGAAAAGACAAGCACGUCUAGGCAGGAUGGUAGCAGUAGAUACCUUGCUUCUCCUUCAAUAUUACCCAAGUGGAAAGCUUGUAAUGAUGAUGGCAGUAUAAUUUGCCCGCCCAUGGCUUUCGGUGGUUGUGGUGAUGGCCUCCUUGAUUUGAGAUGUGUAUUCCCCUUCAGUUGGACUAAAGAGCUGGAAGUAAGUGCAGAACAAAUAGUUUGCAGCUACAAUGUUCCGGAAACUUUAGAUCCUUCUUCAUGUUGCUCGCUAUGUACGAGCAUGGACAACAAAGCCAUUGAAAGCAAGCUGUUGCAAGGAGCAGCUUCAAGAGAAGAUUCCAGUGACAAUGUUCUGUACUACCCCACUGUACAAGAUCUUCGUGAUGAGAACCUUGAACACUUUCAAAAGCACUGGGGUAAAGGUCAUCCUGUUAUAGUUCGUAGUGUGCUCAAGAGUACACCAGAUCUGAAUUGGGAUCCAGUUGUUAUGUUCUGCACUUACCUUGAGAAGAACAGGACCAGAUCACGAAAUGAUAAAGAAACCAAUAAAGCUACAAAUUGUUUGGAUUGGUGUGAGAUAGAAAUAUGUAGCAAGCAGAUAUUUAUGGGGUCUCUGGAGGGGCGGUCACAUGCAAAUAUGCGGUAUGAGAUGUUGAAAUUGAAAGUCUGGAUUUCUUCAUAUUUAUUUCAAGAACAGUUUCCAGAACAUCAUGCUGAGAUCAUCCGUGCUCUACCACUUCAGGAGUACAUGAACCCAAUGUCCGGUCUUUUUAAUUUGGCUCUAAAUCUGCCACAGGAUUCAUCAAAGCCUGAAUUAGGUCCUUGUAUAAAUAUCUCAUUUGGCAGCCCAGAGGAUUUAAUGCAGGAUGAUUUUGCAACAAAACUUUGUUAUAGUUCACAUGAUGUGGUUAAUAUUCUGGUGCAUACAACAGAUGUUCCAAUUUCCACAGAACAGCUUUCCAAAAUUAAAAAUUUAAUGAAGAAAUACAAUGCUCAAGAUCAUAAGGAUCCUACUAGGAAUACAACUGAUCAGAAAAAGGAAAAUGAAGUAGAAGAAAAAUCAUCAGUGCUUAGUGACAACACGGAAGAAUCAGGUUUGCAGGAUAUGAUCGAAGAAGGGUUGCCCUUACCUAAUGGAGUUGCUAAAGUGUCUUUGUUCACUGGUGACUCACAAAAAACCUGCAAUUUAAGUGUCAAAAAUGCAAAUAUGUCCCGUGCCAGAGGACAUGAUUCUGUAUCUGAUUCUGAAGCCUCAAUCCUUUGCUCUGGAACCAUUCAGAGCUCUGAAGAAUCAGAUGAUCAGAAAUUUCUCCGAGAUCAUACUGAAAGCACUAGUUGUUCUGGGGAGGAACCAGUUGCUGAAUUUUCUGGUGCCCAAUGGGACAUUUUUCGCCGACAAGAUGUCCCAAAGCUUCUAGAAUACCUUUCAAGACACUCUAAUGAGUUCAGACACACAUGUUGCUUUCCAAAACAAGUUGUUCAUCCAAUUCUUGAUCAGAGUUUUUACCUUGAUGCAACUCACAAAAUCAGGCUUAAGGAGGAAUUUAAUAUUGAACCAUGGACGUUUGAGCAACACCUUGGAGAAGCUGUCAUUGUUCCCUCUGGAUGUCCAUAUCAAAUUAGAAAACUGAAGCCCUGCGUUAAUGUCAUUUUGGACUUCAUCUCACCUGAAAAUGCUACUGAGUGCAUCAAUUUGAUUGAUGAACUUCGUCUACUUCCUGUACACCAUCAAGCCAGGAAAAAUAUGCUGGAGGUGAAGAAAAUGACCCUCUGUAGUAUUUGUACGGCAAUCAAGGAAAUCCAUAAUCUUACAGGUGCAGAGUAAGUAAGCCCUAUUGAAUCAUGUGAUUCUUUGAGCUUUUGUGUCUUACUUCUCUGGAUUGUAUUGUCUUUGUUGGUUAGUCUUUGUGCAGUCAUCAGGAUAUAGGAUGGUACUCAUCAAUAUGGUUUUUAAUAACAUUUUCUUUAAAUAUCUUAUUUUUUAAUAACAUUUAUGUUAAGCGCCUGGUUUUUGGCACUCAGUGUUUUGUUCUGUUGACCGCUUUAUAUAUAUCACAUGUUGGUUUCAUUUGCAA